AUGCUUUUACAGCCCGGGCCUAUCCUCACUACUGACCAGCAGCAACAGCAGCAACAGCAGCAACUUCAGCAGCAAGCACAGACGGCGCUCCUCUCGGCACACCAACCAUCAUCGCUGACCUCCUCCUCCAGUGCCUCGUCGACGCCACCGAUCCAGGACGUGAGCCGCUAUCUGGAAACGCUACAGGAGCAGCUCAAGGAAGGCUGGACUGCCCACACGGCCAAGGAUGGUCGGCUCUACUACUGCAAUCACAUCACCCGUACGGCCGGAUGGUUGCCGCCCAUCGAGAACUGGAUCCAGGCGAACGACUUACCGUACGGCUGGGAGAAGGCGAUCGAUCAGAAAGGUCAACCGUAUUACAUCAAUCACUUGAACAAAACCACAACCUACGAGGAACCGAUCCGACACCAUGGCAACGAGGUACCGCCGGAACCGCGGGUUGUCGUGCUGCAGCGCAGUCCGACGCUCGGGUUCGGCUUCGUUGCCGGCAGUGAGAAACCUGUGAUCGUGCGCUUCGUCACGGAAGGUGGCCCUAGUGUAAAUAAGCUGGAACCAGGUGACCAAAUAUUAGCUGUAAACGGUGAGGACGUCAAAGACGCACCCCGGGACCAUGUGAUACAAUUAGUUAGAAAUUGUGAAACCUCCGUAACGCUGCUGGUCUGCCAACCGCGGCUCUACAAUGCGGUCGGCCGGAAGUCGACGCUGCUGUCGGCCGGCAAGAAGGCGAAGCUGAAAUCACGCCCCAUCCGCGUCCGCUUCGCCGAGAGUGUCUGCGUUAACGGGGCGCCAUUAUUUCCGCCAUCUGCCUUCUCUCUUGGCGAUCUGUGCGUUCCGCCGAUGGCGAACGUGCUGAAGGUGUUCCUGGAGAACGGUCAAACCAAAUCGUUCAAAUACGACUCGACUACCACUGUACAGAACGUUGUUACAUCGUUACGCGAUAAGUUAUGCCUAACCGCCGGCGAACACUUCAGUCUCGUGGUGGAGCACGUGAAAAGUUUAAAACGCAACAAGCUCACCCUUCUGGAUCCGCAAGAGACGGUGGCCCGGAUAGCAGCCCGGCCUGGAGCCCACAAGCUUCGGUGUCUGUUUCGGGUGACGUUCGUCCCGGUGUCGGCGGCCGGUCUCGCCCAGAAGGACCUCAACGCACUGGACUACCUGUUUCUGCAGUGCUGCAACGACGUGACUCAGGAGCGGUUCGCGCCCGAACUGCAACCCGAAGUGGCGCUACGGUUGGCCGCGCUCCACAUGCACCAGCACGCGCUGGCCAACAACAUCUCCCCGGCGAAACUAACUGUAAAAACUGUUGAACGAGAGUUUGGACUGGAUCGCUUUGUGCCUGCUUCGUUGAUCGAGGGAAUGAAACGGAAGGAGCUGAGGCGGCUGCUCGGCCACUUCCUGAAGCUCAACUCGCAGAUGACGGGCUCGUCGACGAAGAUGCUCACCCAACUGCAGGCCAAAAUUCACUAUCUCGACAUCAUUUCCGGUCUGCCGAGCUACGGGGCCAAGUGCUUCAGCACGAACCAGCGCGACGGUGUCGAACGGGUCCUGCUCGUUAGCCCACGGUUCGGACUGAGCCAGAUUGCCGGCGUGCGGAACACGGUGCCUCAACCGAUAUGCAACCUGGAAGAGUUGAUCCGCGUGGUCGUGACGCGAGACGAUGACAUCUCGAACACCGUGACCGUGUUUAUCAGCCCGGAUCGAGUGAUAAACUUCUCGAUGGAGGAUCGCGAUGCAUCGGAGUUUGCGAUCGUCCUCGCGGGCUACUAUCGCCUGAUGGCCGGUAAGGAGCUGCCCCUCGAGCAGGAGCGUGACGUGCAGAUCGAAGAUAUCGCUCCGCCGUACCUGUCGCAGCACACGGUGGUCCACAACAACUGGAGCUAUCUGCCGACGGAGAGGCAAACGCACAGCAUCGCGUUCCUGAUGCCCCCGCCGUACCACUCCACCGGGUUCCGCAGUGCGACCGGGUCGAUCAGUUCGUCGAGCCGGUCGGACGACUGCGACCGGAACGCCAACAGUGCCCGGGCCGCCAACCGGAACGGGCGCCCCAGCCUCAAGGAGUACGACUUUGACGCCGGCCGGGAGCUGCGCGUGUCACGCGACGGGCUCGAGCGCAAGAUCGGUGGCAUCCCGGUGGCCGUGCCGGAGGCGCGCAACGAGGAGGUGCUGCGCCGGGUGGCCGAGAUGCAGAAGAUGGUCGAGAGCUCGGAGCGCUACCUAAACGAGCACGGCGACUACGGGCACGAGUUCGAGGUGAAGCCGGGCGGCAAGCUGAACUUCUGGCGCGAAACGUCCGUCGACGUGGACGAGAGCGAUUGCGAGAGCCUGACGAGCAGCAAGCAGAGCUCGAACGAGGACAACGGGCCGGGAGUGCUGAAGCACAGCGAUUCGCUGACGCUGCUCACCGAGACGAUCAACCAGGGGCUGGACGGGAUCGCGAAGGGGCUCAGCUCGAUCUACACGGCCCCGUUCAGCGAGAUGAACGGCAAGCUGCAGGAGGGUGGUCCCGGGUCGGCCCCGAACACGCCGAAAGGCCAGCGCAAGAUAUCCGGCCUCAGCCAGAUCCUGAGCGACCUGCAGGCCCUCGGCAACGAUCUGUCGCAGAGCGAGAGUGACUCCGAGUCACUCUACACCCCGAACAGCUCGCCGAUCCACCGGAACGCGGGCCAAACCGCGGCCCACCCGCUGGCCCAGUUCGCGCUACAGCAACAGCAACCGCCGGGUGCGCUGCGCAACAAAACGAUCCGCACCAGCUUCGGCCUGCACAGCCCCGACAGCGGCACGGACGGGCGCGACCUGAACCUGAAGGACUAUCUGCGCCAGCUGAAGGAGGCGAGCGCUAGCGCCAGCGAGCUCGGGGACGUGAGCGACGUGGGCACGGACCUGGCCGCCAAGAAGCUGGCCGACCUGUACGGUUACGAGCUGCUCGGCGACGAGUCGAUCAUCGAGACGGACCCGGACAUCAUCGAUCUGCGCUCGCUGCCACCGCCCCAGACGCCGGACGAGCUGGACAACCUGCACGUGCUCAGCGUCCCGCCUACCGGCUUUGACGAUGGAACGGGCGGCAAGGGAGGUCCGCCGCCCGCUGCCACCACCACCGGCAACCUCGGUGCGGGCGAUCUGGAAGAGUUCCUCAAGCAGGUAACGAUAGAGCCUCCGACGCAGAAGGUCACUCCCGCCGUGGAGCUGACGCCGGAGGAGAUCCUCUCGUACAUUAUUCCUCCACCGCCCGGGCUGGGCGAUCAGACCGAUCGCCCCACCACCACCAUCACCACCGGCGCCGCCAAUGCCACCUCCAAUAAUCCCAGUAGGGUAAGCAACAACAACAACAUCAACACCGCCAAGAACCUCAACCUGGCCGAGUCGCCGCGGCCGGCGCCCCGCACGACGCUCGUCUCCAGCGAGGUGCCGGUUCCGAACGGGCAGGUGGCCCUGCUGGCCGCCCGUUUCGCCUACGAUCCGGGCCGCUUCGAGGUGUACUACCCGCCGGAGAUGAGGCACCAGAAUGGUGGUUCCGGCCCGGUCCCCAGCACCGAGUACGAUCUGUACAGCAACGGCGAGGUGGCAAGCGCGGCCACCGUCGCCGCCUCGGUUGCCGGUGUAACGAACGUAGGUGUGGGACCCACCGUCGCCAAUGGGUCCCUACCGAACGGGACCGCCGGCUCCAACGGGCACGUCAUCGAGUAUCCGACCGUCGACCGGAAGGGGCCGUUCUCGUGCUGUGCCAAGUCCAAGUCAAAGGACAAGCACAAUGGCGAGGCGAACGAGCAGCAACGGGUGCUGGCCGCGGAAGCAUCCGCGGCCCCGAACCUGGCGCUUCCACCGAAACCCUGUCCCCACGCACCGAGUCCACCGCAGCGGCCACCGAAGAGUGCGGAGCUCCAGCUGCGACUCGGGUCACCGGUCCGGUCACCGCCCGGGCCGAAGGUGAACGGGUCGGGCGCUGCCGCCGGGAACUACUACGAACUGGACCCGGCCCCUACCCUGCCGCCCCGCUUCGAGCAGUCCCCCCCACCGGUGUUCGUGGCCAGUUUGCCCCCGAAGAAACCGCCACUACCUCCGGUACCCCUGAAACCCUGCAUCGCCCUGCGCAGCCCGGUCCCGAUUCUGAAGAACCCACACGCCGCCUACAACCUGCAUCUACUCCACCAACAGCAGCAGCCGUUGCUGCCGCUGCCGCCACCGCAGCAGCAGCAGCCUCAACAGCCACCGCACCUCCAUCUCCACCACCACCACCAUCUCCUCCACCAGUACCAGCAACAACCUCACCUCGGGCCGUCCCAUUCGGCCAACUCGUCGCCGGUGCGGACGGCCGGCAUCGGUUCACCGCACCUUCACCGUAAUCCCAACUGUUACAGGGAGAUCGAGCGGGCCUUCAACCGGGACGAGCUGGGAGUGCCGGCCGCCCCGAACGGCCACCAUCGCUCCCACAGCGACUGCCCGCCGGUCUGUCUGAAGAGUGCCCCAAGCGACAGUAGGCCGCCGCUGACGCUCCUCUGCUCGCCGCAGCUCGCCCGCAAAGCGUCCCUACCGACGGCGACCGUCGCACCCGUCAUCCUGCCGGCGGCCGUCACUAGCCCCGCCACCUCCGCCAUCACAUUCAGCAACCCGGGCAGUCCGAUCCUGUCGAACAAAAAUGGCCACGUCCUGAACGUCGACACGCUGAUGGCCAAGACGGACGUGGCGAUGGCGGGACUGCUGGUGAAGCUGGACCAGGUUGCGGCGGCCUGUUCCGCGGCCCAGGCUGCCGGCGGAGGGACCAGCAUCGACGAAGCCAAGUUCCAGCAGGCCCGGGACGAGCUGACCGACCAAUCGCUACACCUCGUGACCGCCUCCAAGCACCUGGUCGUCUCGAUGUCCGACGCCAACCUGACCAACCUGCCCGAGCACCUGACCGCGUGCCUGUCGGCGCUGCGGCGCAUCACCGAGCUGGCCCAGGACCUGACGCGCUACACGUCCGCCCCGCUGCAGACGCGCAACAUCGUGCUGAAGGUGCACGAUGUCGCCUCGAGCUUCCGGGAGCUGGCGUGCGUCCGGGUCGGGCCGGCCGGGGCUGGCCAGCUCGCCCUCAACGCCGAGUGUCUGGCCAACGUGCUCGCCACGCUGCUGCGCAGUCUGCGUGUCUUUUCACCGUAA